CAUUACAACUAAGAUAUGGAAGCAAUGGCAACGACUGCCCGAAAAAUUCAUCCGGUCUUGCAGAAAAUGAUUCAGAGUGGAUGCCAGAAUCAACAAAAAAUUGCAGUAGAUUUUCAGAUUUAUAUGGAGCUGUGUGAAGUGGAAAAGCUGUGGAACGUUCGUCAUCAUUACAACGAAUUACAUGAUUUUUUCUAUCUGACUGGCAAACAUUCUGCAUCCUUUGAAAGUGACGAAAUAUUUAUUCUAUUGUCAAUCACAUCAGACAUCUCUCCAGCAUGGGUUGAAAAUAUUCAAAACGAAGUGUGCCGUAACACCUCACCAAAAAGCAUAACAUUAGCAAUAAAGGAACAAGAUUCUACUGUUGUCUAUUAUAAUGUGGAAAGAGAACUAGCCAGUCCAGACUCCCCAGAAACAACACAAAAGAGAAAGAAGAAACAAGAGACACGUAAUUUGAUUGAAUCAGAACUGCAUCGACAACGAUUAGACAUUUAUGAGUCAGCACUUAAUAAACAGAUUGGGGUCAAUAUGAUCGCACUACUUGGCCCUGACCCCGGCAGUGCAGGGGAGGGCAGCGGACUGCGCUCUGCGACCCGCGACACCGCCACAAAGACCGCCGCCGAGUUUGUCAUCUAA